UGAGGUUCUGUAUCAAAUGCUUUAGUAGAUGACAUACACUGCCAUUCCAGAAUCAAGGUUCCUCCUCAUAAAAGGAAACUGAAUUCCCACUUAGUUAUUUGUAUUCCCGCGGGGUGCUGUACCAUAAAUGAUAUACUGUCAUUUUCAAUUACUGUUGAAAAUCUGUUUAGUAUGUUAAGGAAACACCACAUAUACCACAUAACAAUUAUUUUAUACCAAUAAAUAGGAUGAGAGAUUUGUUCUUGUAAUAUCUAACCCUAUGAUACACUGAUAUUAUUACGCAACUUGAUCUUGUAGGUGUUUCUGGAUUUAAUGUCAAAUAUUUCUUAAUAUGUGCCAUAUUGGCCUUUUUUUAUUAUUAAAAAACCUUUGUGGUACAGUAUAAAAACUGAUUUUUAUUUUUUCAGCAACUUCAUUUGAAAAUGCGGAGACAUAUUUUUUUACAGUGAAAUACAUGAAACAUAAUAUGAAAAAAUACACCUUAAUUGCAGAAAAAUAUUAUGAAUUAUUUGAUGAAGAGGUGUAUGUUGUGGCUAAGCUGAGUAAGGGAACAAAAGAGGACAAGGAAAAUGAAUUUUUGAAAGCUUACAGACAAUUCAACGAAGCACUGGAUGAUGUGGAGAAAAGAGGGACUUUCCCUACAUCCAGGUUGGCUAAUGUUCCUGAAAAAAUAGGAGAAAGCCUGCUCAAAAAACUGAGUACAUUUAAAGAAACACUGCAUGAAUUGAGAAGAAAAGCAGAAUUAUUGCUGCUGAAAUACAACAUAACCCCGAAAAAGAAUGAUGUGAGGCCACCGGACACAGACAAUAAGGAAGAUGUUACAAGCAGUGAUGCCAAGAUGCUAAGAGUCAAGAAUUUGAAAAGAAAUCUUAAGAUGAACAGACUUCUUGGCGAAAAAUAUUAUGAUAUGUUGAAAGAGCAGGUGAAAAAUCUGACCUGGAAUGUACAGAUAAUAGACAAUGACACAAUAGAAAAGCUGAAGCUGCUCUAUUCAGACUAUCAAGAGGCACUGGGUGAAGCAAAACUAUCAGGGAGCAUAUACAACUACAGAUUUGAGAACCUUCCUGAAAACAGUAAGUAUAUUAAUAAAUAUAAUGUGCCAGAAUCGUGUUUUUGGCAAUGCCCAAUAUUGUUGGCUGCCAUACAAAUGUCCCUAAAAUCCUACUUUUCAGUGUACAUACAUACAAGGUCUAAAAUGUCUUGGGCCUUGAAUUAUAUAUAUCUCAUAUUUCCAAUGUAUUUUAGUCAAAUUACUUUGAGAAGAAGGAAAGCUAUAACCACUGGGGUUUGCCAAUUUGGGACUGCUUGUUAUUAUUAUCCCUUAAGUGAGACCCCAAGCUUUUGCUUCUGUUCACUGAAAAAUGCACCGGCCCAGAGCGCUCCUACAGUAGAAUUAGAAGCUUAUAAUCACUGGGGAGUCCCUAAUAAAUCCUUUCCUUCUCCUUUAAAGUUCGUUAUAGAUAACCACUUCAAACUAAAACUAAAGUCUGAUGAUAUUUAGCUACCAUUAUGCUUCAUGGUUUUAUAUUUUAAAAUAUUUAUCUAUUUUGUUACAGUGAAAGAAAGUGUUAUGAAAAGAUACAAGACAUUUACAGAUGCAAUGGAUGAAUGUAAGUGCAAUGCAGGUUUUAUAAUACAAAGGACAAAA